AUGUCUGAGGAGACCCGGGUCAUCUACUACCUGGAGGACCAGGAGACCCCCUACCUGAUCCGGGUCGGCGUGCCCGCGCAGCGCGUCACCCUGCUGGACUUUAAGCUCGCGCUGAACAAACAGAACCUCAAAUUCUUCUUCAAGUCCGAGGACGCGGACUUCGGGGUCGUUAAAGAGGAGAUCAGUGAUGAUGAUGCAAGGCUGCCCUGUGUGAACGGACGAGCCGUCUGCUGGCUCGUCUCUUCAGAUUCGUGUCAGCCGGAUUUUAAAGGUGCAGAUAUUCAGUCUGUAGCCACGCCCACCAGCCUGGCCCCGCCCCCUAUCGAGAGGACAGGUGGGAUCGGAGACUCCAGACCGCCGUCCUUCCAUGCUGCUGCCAUCAGCUGUCGUCAGAACGGACACGCCCACCAGCCUGUCAAUCAAAGUGGGGCGGGACCAACAGGUGACAGCUCGUCAAACCAGCAGAGCAGCGAAUUAGAGACGACGAGCUUCUGCUCCUCUGAGGAAGACUCAGGAGGAAGGUUCAGCCAAUCGACGGAGCAGAGCAGCUCCUCGCCGAGACUCGUCAGGCGACAACGCCGUCGCCAUCGGAAACCAAAAACCCAGCGGAUGGAGAGGUCUGUGUCUUUCAGCAGUGUCACUGACUCCACCAUGUCGCUCAACAUCAUCACAGUAACUCUGAAUUUGGAGAGGUUUAACUUCCUGGGGAUCAGCAUCGUUGGUCAGAGCAACGACCGAGGAGACGGAGGAAUUUAUAUCGGCUCCAUCAUGAAGGGCGGAGCGGUGGCAGCGGACGGACGCAUCGAGCCUGGAGACAUGCUGCUGCAGGUGAAUGACAUCAACUUUGAGAACAUGAGCAACGACGAUGCUGUUAGAGUCCUGAGAGAGAUCGUCCACAAACCUGGUCCGGUGACGUUGACGGUGGCUAAGUGUUGGGAUCCGAACCCUCGUGGUUGCUUCACUCUGCCCAGAAGUGAGCCGGUCCGUCCCAUCGACCCGGCUGCCUGGGUGUCUCACACCGCCGCCAUGACGGGGAGGCUCCCCCCACACUACGGUGUUAAUGAAGACAACCAGCUCACCAUCCACAGUGACAUGACAGCCGUUGUCAAGGCGAUGGCCAACCCCGAGUCAGGCCUGGAGGUCCGGGACCGGAUGUGGCUGAAGAUCACGAUCCCCAACGCUUUCAUCGGUUCAGACGUUGUCGACUGGCUGCACAGAAACAUCGAAGGUUUCAACGACCGUCGAGAAGCUCGUAAAUACGCCGGAAACCUGCUGAAGGCCGGUUACAUCCGCCACACCGUCAGCAAGGUUACCUUCUCUGAGCAGUGCUACUACGUGUUCGGAGACCUGUGUGGAGAGUUGGGCAUGAUGUCUCUGCUGGAUCACGACGGCGCCUCCAGUCGAGGAGGAGCAGCUGAGCUCGACCCGUUGGCUCCAGCGUCGGGCCCCCCGUGGCCCCCAGCAUUCCCCUACCAGUACCCCAUCCCUCACCCCUACAGCGCACCCCUCCCCCCGCUGCCGGCCUGGGGGGGGCGAGGGAGCCAGCACAGCGAAGGAAGUCGCAGCAGUGGAUCUAACUGCAGUGACGAGCAGAGGGCGGGAGGAAGAGGAGGACACAGCCAAUCGGAGCCGACCAUAGUGGAAGUCAACCCCUUCCCACCCCCCGCCGGUGACGACAGCACCGAACGCCCCCCCUCCUCCUCCUCCGGUCUCCAUGGUAACAAAGACUCGCCGUCGCCUCCUCCGGGUCAGGAUCUGUCCUCCGUCCCGGCCGAAGUCUCCGCCUCCCGUCAGUCCUUCCGCCUGGCGAUGGGAAACCCCGGAGACUUCUUCGUGGACGUCAUGUGA